GAAUUGGUUUUCGUCUCUACCUGAGAUGCAAAGUCGUGCCCUCCUACGUGAACCAACAGUCCGUUUUUAAUCCCUUUCAUUGUGACUCACCAACACCACUGAAACUUACUCAACUUAUAAUAUAGUUAACCUGCACUGCCCCGCCACCGUUGAAAGACCCAACUUCCACAAACUAGCAAUUGCCUCUUUUCUUUCAAACAGCAUCACCUGCCCAGUAUAACGCAACACCACACCAUCCAAAAAUGACCUCCCCAACCCUCUACUUCGCCUUCGGCAGCAACCUGUGGAAGCAGCAAAUGUCUCUCCGCUGCCCCUCCUCCACUUACGUCGGCAUAGGCCGCCUGUGCGGCUACGAGUGGUUCAUCAACGCCCGCGGCUACGCCAACAUCGCCCCGAGCGCCAAGGACGGCGGCCCGGGCGGCCAGGAGCCCGGCCAGGAGUUCGACGGCGAGGUUUGGGGUCUGGUCUACGAGCUCACCCACGACGACGAAGCCCGGGUCGACGCCAACGAGGGCGUCCCGUACGCCUACGAGAAGCAGACCAUCCCCGUGGAGUUUUGGCCCGCGAGCCCGUCAUCGUCGACAUCACCGCCACGGGGCGUCGCAGCAGCAGCAGAAGCAGCAGCAGCAGCAGCAGCAGAAGCAGAAGCAGCAGAAGCAGCAGAAGCAGCAGCAGGAGCAGGAGCGGGGAAGGCGACCCCCAUGCUCGUCUACGUCGACACCCGGCGCAACCGCGGCGGGUACCCGCCGCGCGACGAGUACGUGCACCGCAUGAACGCGGGCAUCCGCGACGCCCUGGACGAGGGGGUCCCCGCGGCGUACGUGCGGCGCGUGCUGAGGAGGUACAUCCCCCCUCCUGCCGAGGGGGAAGAGGAGGCGGAGGAGAAGGCCGGCGGCAAGGAGGGUGAAGGGAAGGCGGCGGAGCAGGCAACGGGCUUCGCUGACAGUGCGGAUGCCAGCCGGGCUCGGGCUGCCGCCCUUACGCCGGUUGGAUCGGGAGUGGUGUCUCCUGAUGAGGGGGAGAAGCGCAAUGUGGGGAGCAAGGAGGAUGAGGAGGAGUUGCGGGAGCGGGCAAGCGAGGUUUGUUAUGCGAAGUACCUGGGAAUCUAACUUUUACUACGAGGAUUGUGGGCGCUUUCAGGGGAGAUAAACAGGUGUAUGUAGACGUUGAUUUUGCCUCUUGAAUUCUGCUUGCAUGUUCGGAGAAUAAUAAUGUCCUUUGAGC